ACAUAUUUAUUUAAAGUAUUGUUAGAUAUAUGUUCAAAACAUAGUCUUUAGUACAAUAUGGAAUAUUUAUAAAGCUUUAGCUCCUGUCUAAAAACCUUAAAACGGUUACAGGGUACUGCAUCAUAGAAAGAUUUGAGCAUAGCUAAGGUUUCCUUUACUCAUUCACAUGAAUCACAUGAAUGCAUCUUUCUAUUAAACCAAAUAUAACUUUUUGGGAGAAAAUACAUCCUAUAGUGGUCUUCCAAUAAGCCAAUAAGAAAUACAUUAGCUUUGUACAGUGCCUCAAUCUGAUUUUUCUUUAAUGGUAACUAAUUGUCUGUCUCAUCAGACAAGAUUACUUUAUGAUUUCGUUCUGACCCAUUUAACGUCCAUAUGACUUUUUGGUCUGGAUCAUAAGUAUGGUCAUAAAUUGACCUCAAAAUAGGUUUUUGAUUACAUCCUUUUACUUCCGUAAUGUUAAUGUCUAGAUAUGAGAUCAGUAAAUGUAUUGUAUAAGUUCAUAUUCAGUUCAUACCAUAGCCUAUGUGACAGGCAAUGCAGAUGGCUAUGACAUCAAGCAAUAAUCAAAUAAUUCACCAAAUUAUAAUGUCAGAUAUUUCCGUUUCCUGUAAUCAAGUGAUCAGUCCUUGUGUACACAUUAAAGGUUUGGUUUGUAGUUUAGUUUGGCUUUUCAGUCAACUUUUAUUUUUGGAACAUUACUUGAAGUGUAGGCUUCCAUCCACACCCCAUAACCAAUACUGCCAUUGAUCCUUGUACUGGAUGGCUUCAGUUUACCAUAAACAACAUGUCACAUUGCAUCAGAGCCUUGGGUACAGUGAACUGAAUGUGAAUGUGCUUUUUGCAGAGUAGUUCUACUUUAUGAGUUAAUUCCUGUCUCAGAGUCUCACAAGGCAGGGUGUAUGGAUUAAUAUGGCUGAAAAAGGCAACUUAAAAACGUUUUCAAACCGUUGAUGUCAUGUUCAAAGAAGUCCCUUUAUGGCCAAAGUGACUGUUCUAAAAAAAAAUAAUGGAAGUUCUAUGAUAUAAUAAAACAUACAAAUCAAUUGGUCUAUGGAUUGAAAACCUAUGGAGUAUAAACACCUGCCAGGUCUUCAAGAUAGCUGAUUUUACAGUGUGAUUCCAGACUGUUUUGGUUUCCACCCAGCGUGAAAACACACAAGUAGAGUAUUGUGUUCACUGUUGAUGAAUGAGGCCUAGGAAUGUGAUACACAUGCAACAAUGCAAGCUGCUGGUUAAUGGUUAUGGAGACCUUGGAAACGAAAAUGGCUAAGCAAAUAGAGCUAUGUAGAGGGAAAACAAUCCCAACAUGCCUUCAGCAUUCACAGACAAUGACUAUGACGACUUAACAAUGACCCCAAUCAUUUUUUCAAUAUGGAGGGCACUACAGUAAAUAUGUUAUCUGAGACUGAGAGAUGCAAAGCAAUAAAUCGCUAAGUAGUCAAGUAGCCUAUUCAUAAGCGUUUGAAGUACUGAAUUUCAAACUUUAAUGUACAUGCGUACACACUAUGAAGACACACAACCACACCAGACCAAAACCCUCAGCUGAGCAGGAUGCCCCCUUUACACUAGCAGUGGGAAGCACCUGUGUUUGUUAUGGAGCACAAGACACAUCCUGUGAAUCCAUGGAUGGGGGAGGGGGAAUUAAACACCAAACCUUUGUGUAACUAUGGAUUUGUUGAGUUGUUUAGCCCAUUUUUUUCUACAUCAAGGUAAAGUCCAAUACAAUUAGGUAAUAUACAAAGAGGAAUUUAUUAGGUAUUACAUUAGGUGAGAGUUUCAGUGCUCCAAAAUAGCACUAGCAUAAUGGUUAGAUGUGACGUGACGACUACAUUCUUGAUCUACCAAUGUUUAUUAGGUCCUCAUGGAACAAAGCAGGACAGCUUGCUAGCUUGUUCUAUCAGGACAAACAAUACCUUCAACUGGUGGUAUUAGUGAGUUAAAUAGAACAGGCAGUCUAUGCCUCUUAAAUCGAACCGGCCUAGGUAAAUACUACGCAGAAAAUCAAAAGUAAUAUAUAUUUAUGAGGGUUGUCAAAAUGUGCGCCACUUGACAUUUAAAUGCUAUAGAAUGUGUUUGGCGGCAUACAUGUGGGUGCCCUUAUACAUUAGGUCAAGGCAUUAUGCAAUCACUUAUUAAAUGGUUGCUACACAAAUCAAAGAUUCCCAUGCUGAUGAACUGAUGCAUGUGAACUGGAAAAUCUCCAACUACAGAACUGUCUGUUUUAUUUAGAACACAUACCUAUGUACACAUCAUGUCAAUUUUUUCUGACAUAAUAUGUAUAAUUUCCAAGUAUUGAAUGUAAUUCAUUUAAAAAGGUUUUCCCUGUUGGCAAUGGGGUAUGUGAUGUGUGCCAGAAACAAGCACACUUGACCUCAAAGUGAACUAAUAAGGGAAGUCUUAAAGGAUGUGAUGUUUGUGGCAAGUGAUGUAAGGUGUGUGCUGCUGAUCUCGUAUUUUCUUAUAAAAAAAAUCCACCGACCCUGAUUAAACCUAUAGGACCCUUCAAAAUAAUGACAAACUUGAAAAUGACAUCUCAUGACAGCAUAGAAUCCCACAAUUGUGGUUUCAAACAAGUUCAAACAUGACAGGGAGUAUCACUUUACAGCGUUUUUUUGCUGUCACAUCGUGUUGCCUGUUGACAGAGACACUAUCAGCCAAGUAUGCAGUUAUCCUGAUACUGAAAGACAAUUUCCUAUCUUUGAUAGUAUAAACGCAAACAUGUUUCUGCGGGGGUUGUUGAUAAGACACUUUAAAGAUUAGCUUGGUAGCUACAUCUUUACAUUCACUGUGUAAAGCUCAUAGGCUACAUUUUCAGUCAAGCUUUUCUACAUAAGGUGAAUUUGAGCUUGUACUACAAACAAAUCAAUAGUAUACCAUGGAAACCUGCCAGGAAUUUGUUUCCCAUCAACCUAGAUCCUCAAUCUGGAGAGUAAAAGAUCUAGAGUGUGGUUUAUAAUGUUUGUCUAAACAUACUUCAGCAUGCCAACAAGCCAGUCUUAACUGUGGUUCUUCUAGGGCCUGUUCAUGGUACAAAGCUGCAAGAUAGAGGCUUCCUGUCUCUAAUCUGAGGAGGAUAACGAUUUUGGGGAAAAUAAAUAACAUCUUUCUAGAAUGGCUCCACAGAAGAUUGGAGGCAUCUAUGAGACCAGACACACUCAUGUUUUAAGAGCUGGCUUCAAAGGAGAAGAUGCAACUGCUGCUCCUCAUUGAGUCAGUCUUGGAGAAAAUGUCCAGAUCAAGAAAUUAGCAUUUUUGUGUUUUGAAAAGUAUACAUGAUAUGGAAUACAAAUCCAUACAAUUACAUUUUUUGGGACUAAGGAGUACAAUACUAAUCUUUGUAUCAAUCGGCCUGUUGACAGCCCCGUGUUGGUAUUGGCUUGAAAAUAGGGCGGAUUCUCUACAGUGUGGAAUUUUUCAAAGAUGUGGGCACAGGUGGCAUGCAUUCUUCUCCUCUGUUUCACAUGUGGAGGUCUAUGCUCAGAUGUUGACCAAGAAGAGCGGGCGAUAGGAGAGGAAUUACUGAGCAGUCUCUUCACUUCAAAGAUUAAACAGGACAAGCAGAGCGCCCCCUACAGGCAAGUAUCCCUGAUCAACCUGUGCAAGAUGGCAACCAGCCUUGGUGGGCCGUGGCAGAAGGCCUGGGACAGUGAGGAAGAGAACAGGGAUGGAGCGGCCUGGCUACCUGAACCGCUGGAGUAUCUCAACAACCUCCAGCACAUCUGCAGAGUAAUACAUCCCCGUGAAGAGAGGUUGCUCCACGAAUCACAAGACUACUUAGACCCUGAGCAAAAGAGCGACUACCCACUCAAAAGGAAAUCACCAUACAUCCUGAAGAGGCAAGCGCACACUGCCAAGACUCGGAGGCCGUACAUCCUCAAGCGGAGUACAUUAUACUGACCCAGGUGUGGGAGGGGAGGGAAGACGCUCUAUACAUUUUGUGAAUAUGUGACUGUGCGCUUGGUUGUGAAUGUGCUUUCUAUGUUUUCCUUUGUAUUACAGUAAGCUAGUACACAUGUCCAUCCAGUAACAAAAGUGUGGGCUGCCAAUUCUUUACUCCAUGACCCUUGAAUCUUGUAAAUAAAAGAAAGAAAAACAUGUUUCUUUGAGAGAAGUUAUGUUUAAUAUAUUUGUUCAGUGCACAAUGCAUUUAUUUUCUUUCUAGUGUCAUUAAACAACACACAUUUCAACAAGACUGGGAUGUGACAGCCUGUUUCCUUCCUUUUACUUUCCUUUAAAAGUUGUUUCAAUAAACCUCAAAGACAGAAUUCCUAGGCCGUUGAUUUUCCCAUAAUACAUCAUUCUUUAUAAAUCUAUCUAAAAUAAGCAUAAAAUAUGUCUCUAAAAUAUGUCCACUUAAUUUGUCCACAAAAACACAAAAGUUAAAUUUAUAAAUAAUACUCAUCCCAUUAUUGACAUCCUACCAUUUUAAGGACUAAUUGUGUCGAUGCUAAUCCCUAACUCUUGUUAAUGUGAUUGUAACUCUCUGGAUGAAACAGCAGGGGUCUACAUGAUUUGGAGAAACAAGAAGUCCAACAGCCCCUUUCAUGUAAACUAAAAGAUAAUACAA